CGUUCCGGGGAAACCGUAAUGUACAGACUGGCGCGAUAGCGUCCUUUUUCGGCGUUCGCCGCAGUUGUUUGCAUGGAAGUGACCACCGAGGAUGUGGUUUGGUUGGUUGUUUGGCUUAUCAUCGGGUUGUUUGCAAUGAAGAAAGUUGUGUCGUUUAGGCUGAGUGGCAAGGAUUGCGCGCCUAGCAUCGGUUCGCGCCAUCUGACUGAAGGUGGCGGAGGAGGUGGAGUUGGUCUCGCCGGAAGUUCUAUAGAUCGCAAGAAGCCGUUUUCGCGCCCGUUCAACAAGUCUCGCCUCGUAGAUUCAGGCCCUUCUGGAAUAGUGACCACCGCAAGUGCCUCCCACAGAAUGUCCAGUCCGUCCACGAGUCCCACCACGACGGACACCGGUGUCCUUAUCCGACAGAACAACGAACUUCGGCACCGUCUGCAACAGGAAGCCAGCACGUACCGUCGCCGGCUGGAGACGUACAAGCAAGCCGAAGGAAAUCAGGCGGCUCUCAUAAGUCGCCUCCAGGCCAAGGUUCUCCAGUACAAGCAACGCUGCACCGAACUUCAGGAAACGCCUCCCUCGAGCACGUGCUACAAUGCUGGAGGUGGCCCAGCCAGAGAUGUGUCCCCCGGACAUCACCAUGCCGGCACUCCGGCACCAUGCUCCGGAACCAGCGGUGGACCACUGAGUCUGCCACCGUGUCCGGUAGCCCGCGAGCGGUCGAGGUCGCGCUCGCGGUCCCAGUCGCCCUGCCGGAAGUACGCCGACUGUGGCCACGACGAAGUCCGACAUCAGCUCGAUGAGGAACGACGACGCUGCGAAAAGUUAAUGGUCGAGAACUCCUGUCUGCGCCAGCAGCUUGAGGAGUCCCAACGAACCAACGAUGCGCUGACGAAUGAUCUCCAGAAGCUUACCUGCGAUUGGGAAGCACUGCGGGAUGAAUUACUGAGCAAGGAGGACGAGUGGAAGGAGGAGGAGCAGGCCUUCAACGAAUAUUACAACAACGAGCACACGCGGCUGCUGAAAAUGUGGCGCGAAGUGGUCAACGUAAAACGCAUGUUCAAAGAGAUGGCCUCCACUACCAAGAUGGAGCUUGGCCGGAUGCAUCUGGAGCUGAGCGGGACGGGCCGCGAGGUGACCGGAGCGUGUAGUGGCGUGUCCGUCAAUCUGAGACAAUCGACCAAGAUUGAGGAAGCUCAGCAAAUGCACAUCGAAAGAGAAAACAUCGACCUCAAGUCGCAGAUGGGCGAUCUGAGGAUGCAGUACGAAAACGCUAAGCUUGAGAUUGCUCAGCGUGACCAGCGGCUGCAGCAGAUGCUUCAGGACUUGAAACAGAUGGAGGAACGCUACGUCCAAGCCGACAGCCAGGCCGGACAGACUCAGCGUCUCAACGACGAACUGGAGCGUCUUCAGGGUGCCCUGCGGGACAUUGCCCACGCCGUCGUGCAGGACUCGGAGACGGCGGCCACUUCGGAAGCGGAACCUUCUUCGGCCCAUCAUCUCCACCUGUCCCAAUCGAGUGGUCUACCGGCGCCUCCACGUUCACCGAAACGUGGCGCCAUCCGGACGUCGCAGGCCUUUGCCGAGGGAACCAUUUCCGCCGUUCAGGCCGCACUUCACAAGUACCAGCUGGCAAUCCACGACCUGCAGGUCAAGCUGCAGACCAACUCGGAUGCCCUGGCCGCAACUAGAAAACAAUACGACAACUGCGAACACACCCGGGACGUCCUCACCGGUAAGGUGACGGAACUGACCGAGAAACUGGACACCGCCAAUCAUCAGCUUUCGGAGCUGUUCAAAGAACGGGACAGCCUGCAAAAGACGCUGGACUCGCUACGUACGGAUAAACACUCUGUUGAACGGGGAAAGGCCGAGCUGAACUCGAUUGUCGACAGCUUGAACACCGACUACGAGAAGCUGCAGAACGUCAACUGUAAGCUGCAGAAAAUGUAUGACUCGUUGGAGGAGGAGAAAAAGAUGCUCGAGGGAGAGCUGCAGCGCGUCCAAAAGGACAAGGACAUUCAGGAGAUGAACCUCAGAGCCGAAGAGGAGCGCUCCAGCCGGCUGCGAGAGGAAACGAUAACUCUCAGAGAGGAACUGAAUAAGUUGUACCUUGCGCGUGACUUGCUCGAACAGCAAAGAAUCGAGUCGGACGGACUGUUGAACAUGAUUGAAAAGCAGAAGAUUGAGCUCGAAUUCGAGCUGGACCGGAUUGUGAACGAGAGGGAAGCCCUCCAGAUGACGCUGGAGAAGAAGAGUUCCUCAAAUGACCACCUGGAGGUCGAGAUUAAACAGCUGAAAGCUUCGGUGGCCACGCUGGAGGAGGAACGGUCCCGGCUCAAGACACAGGUGUCGGACCAGGGCACGGAUCUGGCCGCGCUGAAGAAGGAACUCAUCGCAACGGAACAGGCCCGGCUCGAUCUGGACUCGGAAAAGCUUGCCAUCAGCGAGCGGCUCAAGUGUCUGGAGAUGGAAAAGGACAAAAUCGAGCAGGAGCUAAGCUGCGUGGCUCGCGAGCGGAACGACCUGAGCAACCAAACGGCGGUCAUUUCGCGCAAGAAGGAAACUAUUGGCGAAGAGGUGAUGCGGCUGCGGCAACGACUCGAACAGGCAAACGAGAUGAACGCCCGGCUGAAUCGGAACUUGGAGGAGCUGGUCAAGGAAAGCGAGGAAAAGGCCGUAGUCAUCGAGGGACACGAGAAGGAACUGCAACGGCUUCAGGAACAACAAGCUUCUCUACGAAGUGAAAAGGAAUCUCUGGAAGCUGUGCUAUUCGAUACGAAUACAUCCCUCGAGGAAGCCGAAGCUCGCAAAGAUGCGUUGGAACGUGAAAACCAGGAUCUGCUCAUUAAACAAGAAUCGCACAAGGCGCUUAUCUGUAGAUUGAACAAGGAUUUAGAGAAUUCCGAACGUCGCGCCCAGGAUAUUAAGAUCCAACUGACGAACGCCGCGGCCAACCAGGAGGCCGAGUUCCUUCAGAAAUUGUCCAGCAUCCGUACGUUCGGGGAAGAGAAUAUUAAAAAGCUUAAUGAAGAAAAGGAGGCAAUCCGAAGUUCGCUCGAGAAGCGCAUGCAUCAGGCGCUGCAAGCCCUCGAGAAUGCAAAGGAUACGGAAAUCGCCUUGUUGAAGGAACAAUUUGAAGCCCUCCAGAUGCAUCUGGAAGCGCUGAACCAACAGCACGAGGAGGUCGUCCUCAGGGCGGAAAAUGAAAAACAACAAUCGCUGCUGAUUGCCCACCGCGACAAACAGGCCGUCAUGGAAAAGUUGGACCACGUGACGCGGGAACUCAAAAACGAGCUCGAUAACAGCGAUCGGUUGAAGCGUGAAAUGGCCGCCCGGCAGGAGAAGGACCGCACCACGAUCGGGUGCCUUCGGGACGAGGUGGGCAAGAUGCGGACGAAGAUGGAAGAGGCCCGCAUUAGGGCCGAGGAAGAGUUGAACCGGCUGGAGGUGCUGCAGGGAGCUCUGCACGACGAGAAGGACCUGGCGCUGCGGGAGAUUGAAGAGUUGAAGGUUCAGCUACGGCUGAGCGAGGACCGAUGUGACGGGCUUAACCAGCAGGUGCAGGACCAUUUGAGAAAGCUGAAGGAGGCGGAUAACUGCAUCGACGGAACCAGGAAGGAGCUAACAGACACCCGUCGUACCUUGGCCGAUAGUAACAUUGAACGUGACAAGUACUCCACCAGCAAUAAGGAGUUACGUGACCACGUGAAGCGCGUUGAAGGUCAACGCCGAGAGCAGGCCAGGGCUAUGGACGAUGCGUUGCAGAAGAUUGCAGGUCUUGAAGAGUCGCGAAAUCUGCUUGAACAGGAAAAGGUCCGCCUGCAGACCAUAUUAAAAGAAACCGAGAACAAUGUGACCAAGAUGACACAGGACCUUUCAACGGCUCAGGCGGACAUUACAAAGUUCCAGUCACAAACAACCCAGAACGAUGCCGCUGAGAAGGAGCUGCAAGCGCGAUUGACAAACGAAACUGAAGAAAAGGAACGAAUUCUGCAGGAACUACAUCAGAUCAAGAAGCAAAUGUCCGAUUUGGAAGGAACGUUGUGUUCCACGAGGCAGGAUUUGGGAAGAGCUCGCUGCAAGGCGAAUCAGGACGAGCAUCGGUUCCACCAGCGCGAGCAGGAACUGUGCACUCGCAUUGAGGAAGGUCGCGGCCGCGAGAAACGUCUCGAAGAUCAGAAGCACAACUUGGAAGUGUGCCUGGCGGACGCUACGCAGCAGAUUCAGGAGCUAAAGGCCCGGCUGGGUGGUUCCGAGGGUCGGGUGAGGGCGUUGGACGAGCAACUGGUGCAUUUGGAUGGCAUCAAGAAGGAGGUCGAGAACAAGUUGAGCUCGAUCGGACACACUUUGCGGCGAAUUGCCGGAAUUCAGAUGGAUGGUUCGGUGAGCUUGCCGUACCGGCUGUUGAGUCCUUCCAGGAGAUAUAGUCCGGCACGUGGCCGGGAGCGGGAGGACUUCCACCACCAUCAUCAUCACCACCAGCAGCAACAGCAGCAGCACGAUACGCGCAGCCUUUCCGGGGAUAACGCCAUCAUCGAUGUCGACCCGGAAAUGGUUCGCAAGGGCGUUCGGACGUUGAUGCAACAGGUGGCCCAAAUUGAGCGCGAGCGCGAUGACUUCAAGAUGCAGCUUUGUACGGCGAAAAAACAGCUGCACGAAGGUAGCGAUAACGCGAUGAGGCUGGAGACGAAGAUCUGCAAGUUGCAGCAGCACAACAGGGCGAUCCACGAGGAUAAGACCAACCUGGAGGCCAAGUUGGCGCAGCGGACCAGCGCAUUACAAUCUACGGAAGAGACGUUGAAGCAAAAGAGUGACGAGUUGAACAUAACUCGAGAGAAGGCGAACCAUUUGGAGCAAUCCCUCGGUAAUACAACGGAGGAGAAGGGUCAACUGGAGGAACGGCUUGAAAAGUGUCGACAGAAUGUGUGCCGCCUGGAGUCCGACAAGCGUCACUUGCAGGAUGAACUGGCAAGAAUCGAGGGACGAGCGUCCAAGUUGGAUCUACAGCGAGUCGCUCUGGAAGGGGACAUUCAACGCUUGCAGAUGGCUCUGCAAGAGAAGGAUUGCACCAUCAGAAACGUCCAAGAGAGACUGGAGAACCUGCAGAGAUCCAGCACUCAACUCGAAGAUCGCUGUGCAGCACUCAAGAGUACCGUCGACCAACUUAAGGAACGCCUCCAGGCGGCGGCAAUCACCGAAACGGAACUUCGCGGAGAAAUCGCCGGUCUCCAUCGGCACAACUCCGACCAAGGGCACACGUUCGCCCUGGGUCAGGACAAGCUCAAGCAGCUGCAGAAGAAUCUCACCAAUAGCGAAAACGAACGCCGUGUCCUCUCGGAACGUCUGGACGCGGCUCAACACAGCAUCAACGAGCUGCGCAGAAAUCACCAAUCAUCUCAAGAUCAAACGCAGCGGCUGCAGGAACAUCUAGCGGAAUGCGAAGUUCAGAAGUCGGCACUCGAGUCACAGCUGCGACUGGCCAAGUGGAACCAGGAGAACGCGGAACAAUUUGGCGGAGGAGCCGGCGGCGACCAGGACCUUGCCCGGCAGUUGGUCAACUCGCAACGAGAUCGCACCGAGCUGAGAAACAAGCUUGAAGCCAUGAACGAAAAAGUUCGCCACUUGGAAAAUGAAAAACGUGGCAUUGAAAAGAGCAGCAAGUUCUCUGGUCACGUUCAGUUCGACCGAUCGGAGAAGACCGACUUGGGAGAGCUGGACUCGAACCGGCUAGAAUCAUCCGGUUCCAAGUUCAACUGCGGUCUCGACCACGCCCAGAUCGAGCAGGAAAGUCGCGAACUGCGCAUGAAGGUCCGUCGCAUGGAGACGCUGCUUGCCGAGAAGGAAGCGGAACUUGCUCGGGCCAAGGCCAAGAUGCUUGAGUCCCCGCUCAAAUCAACAGCGGGUUCGUCAACCGGAGGGGACGUUGAGCGCUAUCGAAGCGCACAGGUCCAAGCGGAACGACUAUUGGACGCACGAGAGCAGUCGCAUCGCCAGCAGGUGGUGCGUCUGGAGAACCAGAUCUCAAUGCUGCGGGAACAGUUGGCCCAAGAGGCCAAACGCAGACAGAUGUACAUACUGAAGAGUUCAAGAGCGGGUCGCGAAAUGCAGCAACUUCGUCAGACCUUGGGAGAUUCGCUGCGUCACGUGGCCCAGGAUCCGAUUGACUCGUCGUUGCUGCAAAACGAAGCCAGAAGAUUGGACAGCGCCGUGUCGCUGAGUUUGCCGCCAACAACGAGUCGCGAUUACGAUCGGAGUCUGAGCCCAACGUACCGUUAAACCAAAAACCAAACUUAUUACCAAAGAAGUUCACAAAAGUUUGAAAUGUGCACUGCCUCAAAUUAUGAAAUUUUCGAAACUUUUUCGCAGAAAAUGUGAAAUUUUAACAACUGCCAGUGAAACAAACCAAAUAUAACCAACCUUUAAGCAGAAAUUUUGAGCAAGCAAAUGACGAACAGAAAUUAUAUUUCCUAAUAAACUACAAAUGAAAUUUAAUCAAACCCAUAACUUAAGCAAUCAUACCAAAAUCAAAUCUUACUGGCCUUCUUUAUGAUGUUAACGAAAGAAGCCUUGUAGCAAUCACAUCUCAAUCAAUCAAUUUAGGAGGGAACCCCUGAUUUAAUCACAAACACUCAAAAAUCACCGAACCAGGCCGCCUAGAGCCUCGACUCCGCCUAUUCUUUGCGAAGAAUACUUUUCAGGUUUGGAUUGGUUCUGGAGUCAGCACGGUUUUACACGCCUUAAAAAAUUGCUUCGAGCUAGCUUUAGAAUAAUCUGCAAAUCGAGUGAUCGCAAGCUUUGCUGCCAUUUCAGUAGAUUGUUAGAGACUUUAAAAGGGUCAAAAUUUUAAAAUAUUGAAAUAUCCAUUAAUCAAAGCAUUUUAGAAGAACGAGUUCCUCUAGGAAAAUAGUAUCAAUCACCCUCUGUCAGUUUGCAGGCAAUAGUGAAACUUGAAAUGUUGUUUAACGUCGACAAAAAUCACAAUAAUUUAUUCCAUUCCAUUU